AUGGGGAGUGGCCCUCCGCGUCCAGCAGGGUGUGUGGCACUGCACGUGGCGACAGUGCCAGCCCGCGCGUGUGUGGCGGCGGCCAUGGAGGCGAGGCGGCAGGGGCUCCGGGGGGGGAAUCGGCGCCCGCGGGACUCUGGGGUGAGCUGUGCUGUGUUCUCCUCACAGGGCUCUCCGGAGGCGGCGGCGCAGGGCCGGGAAGAGGCCGAGGCCGGAGCCCUGCAGCCGGCAAAGCUGAGCCGGGCCGAGCUCUACAAGCCGCCGACCAGCGAGGAGCUGAGCCAGCUGAAGGAGACGGAGGAUCUCUUCCACUCCAGCCUGCUCCGCCUGCAGAUCAAAGAGCUUCUGAAGGAGGUGACAUUGAAGGAGACGAAGAAGAAGGAAAAGAUUGAUGCCUUCCUCCAUGAAAUCAAUAGCCUGCUGAGUGCCAUCCCAGAUACCCCAGAAACUGAACUCACGGAUCAGGCCUGGCUCCCCAAGGGCGUGAAGGUCCUGUUCCUGCAGGUGCCGUUCAGUGUGAAGGGGAGGUUCCGCUUCCUGUCCCCGACCGAGCUGAAGGUGGUGGGCAGCUACCUGCUGGGCACCUGUAUUAAGCCAGAGAUCAACAUGGAUGUGGCAGUGACCAUGCCGUGGGAAAUCUUCCAGGACAAAGACAACCUGAACCAGCACUACCACUGGAAGAGCGCUCUGUACCUGGCCCACAUUGCCCAGCACUUCUCCAAGGAGAAGCUCUUUGGCAGCAUGAAGUUUGCCUACAUGAAGAGCAACCAUCUCAAGCCCAUCCUGCUCCUGAGGCCACAAGGCAAGGAUGAGAAGAUGGUCACUGUCCGACUCCAUGCGUGUCCUGCCCCAGGUCUCUUCAAACCCAGCUGCUUCUACCCCAGCAAGAACAACGUCCGGACAGCCUGGUUCAUGGAGCAGAGCACCCCCAAAGAAGGAGCCACCGAGCCCCCAACCCUGCACUACAACAGCUCCAUCCUCUGCGACAUGGUGCUGCUCUCCCACCUGCACUUCUUGUCUAGCGCAGCCACUGACUUCCUGGGCAUGAAGGAUGGCCUGGCCCUUCUCAAAGUUUGACUGAACCAGCAGCAGCUCAGCAAGGGCUUGGGGUGCUUCAGUGGCUUCUUGGUCUCCAUGCUGGUUGCCUACCUGCUGAUGAAACAUAAGGUUGUCAAGAUGAUGAGUGGGUACCAGGUGCUGAGGAGCACCCUGCAGUGCAGGAAAACGUCUGCCUGUGGGUGCUUGGAUGGGCAGCGUGGUGCUCUCCUUAGAUCUGCCGAGCCUUUUGUGCCAACCAAGGCAUAUAACUGGUGGGAAGGCAGUAGCAGAACUCUCACCUUGCCAGUGUCGGGGAUGGGCGAGGAGGCCAUGGUCAGCGUUGUCUACUCCUACGAUGAUCUGAGCUGCAAGCUUUGGAACCCGAAGGAGCUGCCACUGACGGCCAUGCAGAGCAUCCAUCCAGCCCUCUGGUACAUGGACGUCUUCCCUCCCAUUCCCAUGAAGUCGAUUUAUUCCUUCCAUACCUGAAUCAAGACCAAGCACUUGCUGCUUCCCUCAGAAGAGAAGCCCUGCCUGGCCUACAUAGCCCCUUUGAAGAUCAUCUGCCACAUGGAAGGCAGUGGCCAGUGGCUGCAGGACAAAGAAGCCAUCAAGUGCAUCAAGGCGGCUUUCCACCUCCAGCUGGCUGAGUUCCUCCAGCAGCAGCACCAGCUGGUUUGCAGACCUGUGGUCACCCACACCAAUGUGUACAAGGAUGGCUACAUUUUCUGUCUCCAAGUAGCCUACCACCGGGAGCCCCUGAUCUUGAAGGAAGUGGUCGCCCCAGAAGGGAUGCUGAAGUACCAGGACACAGAGGAGUCUCAGCAGCUGGAGCUGGAGAUGUUGCAUCUGCCCUAUCUAACCAGCUCCCUGCAUGGGCUCCAGCAGCAGCACCCUGUCUUCAGCAGCACUUGCUGGCUGGCCAAGCACUGGGUCAGCACCCAGCUCCUGAGCGACAACAUCUCUGAGGAGUGUGUGGACCUCCUCGUGGCGUUUCUCUUCUUCCACCCGGCCCCCUUCAUGCCAUCCAGCACUCCCCAGGUGGGGUUCCUGCGCUUCCUCGACCUGCUGGCAACCUUUGACUGGAAAAACAACCCUCUGAUCAUCAGUCUGAACGCUGGCCUCACAGGUGCCGACUGCACAGAGAUCAAGAACAAGUCCUCCUCCAGACCCACUGUCACACCAUGCAGACUAGAAGGGUGA